CAGGCAACAUACUCUUGUGUUUGACACGGAUGCCGCCGCCAUGCAGUAUAAAAGGUUCACACUAGGCCGUCCUGUUUUCAGUUAGCUCUUGCGCUUCCCUUAGUCCCUUCUAAUCGUCCCCUGUGACAUCCACGUUCGUUUGGCAUGCCUCGUCUUGCGUCUAUCUUCGCCCUUGCGGCUGUUGCCCUCCCCUUCGCUGCAGCGACUUCUUGUGGGUCUUCCGAGUUCUGGUGGGAGCCGAAGAAGUGCUGCUUACCCCAGGGUGGUCACUCCACUCCGCCUAGCCCGCCUAGCGGCACCAGCUGUGCUUCCAACGACUGGUACUGGCACGAGGAGAAGAGCUGCUGCGUCCCUAAGCACCCUGCUGCCCCGACCCCCUCUUGCCCUGCUGGAUGGUCAUGGUCCAACUGGAUGUGCUCUCGGUCCACCACUCCCACCGCACCGAGCAAGCCCAGUAAUCCCACACCCAGUCCCAGCAACUCUUGCGGGUCUUCCCAAUUCUGGUGGGAGCCGAAGAAAUGCUGUUUACCGCACGGUGGUCAGCCCAAGCCUCCUAGCCCGCCAAGCGGCUCUACUUGCCCCCCGAAUGGGUGGUACUGGCACACAGAACACAAGUGCUGCGUUCCCCAGCACCCUACGCCCCCGACUCCGUCUUGCCCUGCUGGAUGGUCCUGGUUGAACUGGUUGUGUGGUCGCAGUCCCAGCAACCCCCAGCCGUCCGGUCACUACCACAAGCGUGCGAGCCACAAGUCGCGCUCCGCGUCGCUGUGCCCCUCUGGUCUUGAGGCGUGCCCGGUCAAUGGCCUCCGCGGUCAGAACAGCAGUAUGGACUACGAGUGCCUCGACACGACUUCGGAGCUGGAAUCGUGCGGUGGCUGCAGCUCGCUCGGCAAGGGCCAAGACUGCACUGCGAUCGAGGGUGUUUGGAACGUCGGAUGCAACAAGGGUUCCUGCGUCGUGUACUCUUGCGCGGCAGGGUACAAACUCGGCCUCGACGGCAAGUCGUGCAUUGCCCUAUAGGCUGCAUGCCAUACACAAAGAAUGCGGAAUAAUCACACACCAUAAACACGUCGACUUCACAUAUGACUGGUUAACUAGUCGUCCUAUCUUUUCUCAAACUCCGUCUCUUCUCUAGUCAUUCUUUUAUAUCGCUCGGUGCUGGGGUGAAGUCGCCUGGCUCGCCGACGAUUGGACAUUCGCUGUCAGGUCAGCAUUUGCUCGAGUUCUUCAAGGACCUCUGUUUGUCCGUCAACCAAAUCAUCCCGUUAUAUACCUGAAUCCGGUUACCUUACAGACUGCCGCCUGCAUACACUUGGGAUGUUGUGGUUUUGCUUGUUUUCGUUAGGGAGAUUGUGUUGCAUGUACCAUGCAAAUCCAUAUGCGUCUGAGUAACUGCGACUGCGCAGCAUAUAUACCAGUGGGUACUUGUGCGCAGUAGACGCGAUUAGACGCAUUGAAUUUGUGGCGAG